UCUAGUCAUCUUGUGGCUGUCGUAGUUUUCGUCGGAAGACCUUGCCUUUACCUCAGAGAAGCCGUGUCCUGCAUUUUUCUACUUCCGCUUCCCACUCCCCAGAAGCGACUCCGCGGGCGGUGUUGUGCCAGUCGAGUCGUCGGCGAGGCAGGUGACGACGGCGACCUCCCUCGUGCUCUCUCGUUUUGGCUCCACGAUUCAUUGAGGGCACUAUAUAUGCCACUCUGUGGAAGGAAAAGAUACGUUUGCUAGCUUCUUGAAGUGUGUGUAUUUCGAGCAUCAAAAAAUGUACGGCGAGUCUAACAAAUAUGAUAGCCUGGAGAGCAUACUGCAUGAUCAAUGUUCAAAACCACGCGCUCUACCAUUGCAGUUUUUGAAAGAGAUCACAGAUAACUUCUCGUAUGAGCGAGUACUUGGUGAAGGUGGUACUGGCAUGGUAUACAAGGGUGUACUACAAAGUGGGGAAAUGAUAGCUGUGAAGAGGCUAGAACCAUCAAUGGUGUGCGCUCAGAGCUUAUUUGAGAAUGAGAUUCAUCAUCUUAUGAUGCUUAAUCACCAAAAUAUUGUUCAAUUUAUGGGUUACUGCUAUGAAACAAAGAAGUUAUACGAAAAUUACGAAGGGAAGAUGAUUUUUGCCGAGAGCUCAGAAAUGUUGCUCUGCUUGGGGUAUCUCCCUAAAGGAAGCCUUGAUGGGUAUCUUUCCGAUGGAUCCUCUGAACUUGAUUGGCACACGCGGUACAAGAUAAUUCAGGGGAUUUGCAAUGGUUUGCACUACCUUCAUGAGAAAAUUGAUAAGUCUAUUCUUCACUUGGACCUAAAGCCUGGGAAUGUAUUACUUGAUCACAAUUUGGCACCGAAAAUUUCUGAUUUUGGGCUGUCCAGACUGCUUGAUCAUCAUCAAACUAUUUCUAGUCCAAAUCGUGUUGGUACAUUUGGCUACAUGGCACCGGAAUACGUCCAUGAAGGUACAAUCACACCUAAGUCAGACAUAUUCAGCCUGGGUGUGAUAAUCAUGGAGCUAAUAAUGGGAAACAGGAACUACCCAAGUGUUACUGGAACAUCUUCAGAGGGCUUUACUGAUCUUGAACUUAAAAAAUGGAGUAAGACGCUAGAGAAAGCACAGGGUUACACAAAGUUAGAAGUAGAUUGCCAACAAAUAAAAAGAUGCAUUCAGAUAGGUCUAAUAUGCGUGAAUCCUGACUGGACCAAAAGACCUACAACAACAAAAAUUAUCGAGAUGCUUGAAGGAUUGGAAAUUUCGGAUUGUAGCAAAAGCAGUGAGGCAACCUCAUCAGCAGAUCAGGUACGCUCUAUCAAGAGUAAUGCAUUUGUGGAAGAUGUGCUAUUUUUCACUCUUUCUUGUUCUUUUAGAAAAUAAUAUCAUCAUAACCCUAACACCUUAAAUACACGUAGGUAAUUAAGCAUGUAUAGUAUCACAUAAGCAAG